CUUUCUCUUCCAGCAGAGCCGUACAGCGUGGUAUCGGGUGCUGGAACAACCAGCAAUGUGGUGGUUCAAGGUUUGUGCCUGGCAAUAUAAAGACGUGGGAACUGCCGGCAAAGCUGCUUAGGAUUGUGUUGAAAAUGCUGGGAGAGAAAAAGCAAUUAAUGGUGAAAAGAGAUCUCUACGCUGACCCCACGUUUCCGGCCAGUGAUACCUCUAUAUUUUUUGAUUAUUGUACCCCACUUGCCCAGUUCAGAGGCGAGAUAUCUUGGUUGAGACCGAAGGACAUUUGUUCUUCUCCUCGGUUAUUUUCAAACAACGUGCAGGACGUGCAAGUGAAACAAGGAAUUUUGGGAGACUGUUGGUUCCUGUGUGCCUGUGUGGCUUUGCAGAAGAGUAAAUACCUACUGAACAAGGUGAUCCCUCCAGGUCAGCCCAGCUGGACAGAUGAGUCCUACCAAGGCUGUUUCACCUGUCGGGUCUGGCAGUUUGGGCACUGGGUGGAAGUGACCAUCGACGAUCGCCUGCCUUGCCUUGGGGGUAAACUCUGCUUUUCCCAGUGUCAGACAGAGGAUUUGUUUUGGCUUCCACUCUUGGAAAAAGCUUAUGCAAAAGUGCAUGGAUCUUAUGAGCAGUUGUGGGCAGGACAGGUGGCUGAUGCUUUGGUUGAUCUGACUGGAGGAAUUGCUGAAAGAUGGACCCUGAAAGACCCUGGAAAAAACAUGGAGAAAGAGAAGACUGGCAUGGUUUUGGAGAAAGCAGUGUUUAGAAGAUUAAUGAAUCUGAAGGAACAGUGUGUAAUAAGCUGCUCAGUCCUCAAUUCCAGACAAGGUGCAAGUGAACUAGGAGAAUUUCAUGCCUUUAUUGUGAUAGAUACAUUGAAUCUUUUUGAAGUGUCAGGCAAGGAGAUCUUCUUGCUACGAAUUCGAAAUCCUUGGGGGAGGCGGUGCUGGAAAGGGCCCUGGUGUGAGGGUGGGCAAGGAUGGAACCAGUUAGAUCCAGUAGUUGCUUCAGAACUGCUCUCACAGAUCCAAGAGGGAGAAUUCUGGGUUGAUGAAGAGGAAUUUUUCAGGGAAUUUGAUGAGAUUACCAUGGGCUUUCCAGUCAAUGAGGAAGGACGACUUCAGAGCCUCUAUACAGAGAAAGUGCUGUAUCACUCGCAGAAUCUUUUUGGAUCCUGGGUGAGAGGCCAGUCUGCUGGUGGCUGCCGUAACAACAGCAGCUUCCCUACCAACCCCAAGUUCUGGCUGAGAGUCUGUGAAACAAGUGAGGUGUGCAUUGCUCUGCUGCAGAAACACAGGAAAUACAGCACUGACUGGGCUGGAAGGAUUCAAAAUCCAACUCAUUUAGCAGAGGAAAAUCCAUCUUUGACUGAAGGCAUACAGGGGAAGAACUACCAGGCUGUGGGAUUGCAUGUCUGGAAGGUGGAGAAGAAACGAUUUAACCUUCCAAAGACCCUCUCUGCUCCUCCAGUUGUAGGUACCAUCUGCCAUUCCUACGAUAGAGAAGUCCAUGUGUGCUGUGACCUUUCGCCUGGCUUUUAUCUUGUUGUUCCCAGCACUUUUCUGAAGGAUGCAGUAGGGAAUUUCUUGCUUCGUGUAUUUUCAACGGGAAGGAUCUCUCUCAGUGAACUAAAGCCACCACCCACAGAUGCUGCUCUCUGCGAAGAACUCCCAGCUGGUGAAUGGGAGACAGUGCAGCUGCAUGGAUGCUGGAAAAAUGGGCAAAGUGCUGGAGGUAGCAGGAACUUCCCCUCCUUCCAUACCAAUCCCUGCUUUCCCCUCUCCAUUCCUGCAGGACCAGGAAAAAGCAGUGUGAAAGUUACCCUCCGUCAGCACUGCCAGGAUAGCAAGUGUCGUCCAAUAGGUUUCCAUAUUUUCCAGGUGCCUAACAGCAGCUGGAAACCACAAACUACUUCUUUUCUCCACCUGGAGCCACUGGUGAGCUGUGUUCCUCAUUGCUAUUCACAGGAAGUGAGCCGACUCUGCAGGCUUCCUGCAGGACGCUAUGUCAUUAUACCUUCUACGUACUUGCCCAAUACAGAAGGCAAUUUUACAGUGGUCAUAGCAACCAAAAUAGACAGGAAGCGCAUUCAAAGCCAGGAGACACUUGGACAAGUAUUGCAAGAGGUUUCCUUUACAACUGUGAUGAAAAGGUAACCUGGAAUUCUCACACUGUCAUUUCAAGAAACAUCGGAAAGCCAAGGGAUGCCUCACCUCUUGCUGUUCUUGGUUUUAAAUGAAAUAACAGGAAGAUGCCCUUAGCCCAGCUGUUUUUCACUGGUACCAGCUGUCAGGCCUAAGAUGACUUCUUAGUAAAAAUACCUCCUUUAAUCAUGUACACUCUGAAUAUUUGUUCUUCCCCUGUUUUUAGAACGAGAAUUGUACAGCAAAUUAUAACGUACCUCAGUUCUUCAGAAAUACAGGUGAAGAAUAUGUGCAUGUUUUGACCCAAGCUACAGUUUUGGAAGAAACACAUGUGCAAUGCCAGGUUGGAUGGAGCCCUGAGCAACCUGGUCUGGUGGAAGGUUUGAACAAGAUGAUGUUUAAGGUCCCCUGCAACUACAACCAUUCUAUGAUUACAAAGUAGUAUUUUGUGGAAAAAAGUUAUCAGCCUGACAGAAUAAAUUCAGGUGACUAAAGGGGUAAACAUGGAGAAAAAACUGGAGUCUUUUUUUCAGGUAGGACAUACCUCAAGAACCAUCAAAAUACACUGGAGUAAAGAAAGUCCAGGCUUGUAUCUGACACUGCCAGUCCUGCUGCUGAGCACUUUACCUCGGGCCCUUUAUGGAACCAUGCAAAUGGUGUGUUGAAAGGAGAGAUUUUUUUGGUGAGUUUUUCUUUAAUGAGCACCAGAAAGGAAGAAGAUAGGACUUGAAAACUUUUGAACUAUCCUGUCAGACUGCUUUUGUAAAUCUGUAAGGAUGUGUUUUAUGCAAGAUCUGCCCUCACUGUAAGAAAUAUCAAGUUUAAGAGAUUUUUCUUAAUUUAUGAUUGAAAGUAUUUCUUAUUCAAGCAGGAUUUUUUAAAUGUUAUAUUUUCCUCAAUAAAAAUAAAGUAAAAUGGCUUUUAUUAAAAUGUCAGUGAUGUUGAGUUUGCAUUUGUUCUGCGGUAGCAAACUUUACAAUGUGUUAGAAACCUGGAGUGUUCACCAAAUGGAAGGGAAUAUGUUUAUAAAUAUUGAAAAUUGGAAAUAUUUGAGAGGAGAAUCAAGUCUUCCAUUAGUUUUAUGUGUGAGAAAUAUGUAAUAUUCUACUUCCGCUUUUGACUAUAUCCUGCCAUAAUUUAUGCUGGCUCCUGUUGAACUUUGAAAACUGAAAGCUUUUAGGAUGCUUGCAGCUGAAUUUUAAAUGCUCAAAACCUUCCACAUCUGUUUAUGUGGAGAAAGAAGAAAACACCCUGAGUAAUAAAUCAGUACCGUACAUGCUUUAACAAAUGUUGACAUUUUCAUUUAUUUUCUUGAAAGGCUGGUCCUUUUCACAUAGGAAAUUAUUGGAUCAUACCAUAGUAUUUAUAAACAGAAGAAGGAAUGUUUCAUGAAAGCACAGGGACUCGAGUUGUGAUAACAUAGGAAUUGGAUACUGAGGAAGUAAAAACAGGUGUAAGGAUUUCUAAAUGGACCGUGGUAAUGAGAGGCCCCAUUCUGGAGUCAUCUGUGCCUGUGUGAAGUUUAUGCUACACUACAUAAUGCUUAUUAGGAGUGUGAAAGGAAAAGGAGUCAACAACUAAGUGUGUGUCCUCUGUUACCUUCUGCAAGAAGAUGUAAGAAAAGACCUGUGAACUCAGAGGAGUAACAGCUUACUGAAAAUUUUAAGAGUGUGAUACCUGACAGAGCACAUAUGCAGGAAACUGCUUGAUACAGUUCACUUCUCUAAAAUCCUACAUCUAAUUCAUUGCUACUGUGAGUGUGAAAAUACAUUUUUUUUCUGAAAUGUAUUAUUGUGUACUUGUAUAUGCCUAAGACACAAUUAUAUGAGCUCUGGCAAACUUAUUUAAAAAAGUUGAGUAUUCGAGGUCAGACCUCCUGAACAAGAACACUUGAUUAAUUUGCUGUACUGAGCUACCUAUAUUUGAAUGCAAUUGAGAUAGUGGUGUGUAUUUUUAAAGGAUCUGCAGUUAUUGACAGGUUGAAGUCCCUCUGCAUUGUAGUAUGUUGCAGACUAGCGUGGAAUAGCACAGAGUUUAUAUGGAUGAGGCUGCAGUAUUGCACCCAAAACAUACUCUGAACUGAUUUCCUUUACUCCCUCAGGGAGCUGGAAUGUAAAUGCCCGAAGGAGGUUGGUAAAGAAGAUGAACAGUUCAAUUCGUGCCAUCUGUUCCCCCAAACAUACACGGUGCCCUGCAGACAGAAAACAUAAAGAGUUAGUUGUAUAAAGUUCUGUAAAAGGACUUCACACAAAAUUCUACUGAGUUCCAUAAAUUCUUUUUCCUCUCUAAGGGCAGAAGAUGCUUUUGGAGGUGGGGGAAACAUUUAACUGAGAAACUCUGUGUCAGGUGUUUCAUUUGGUGUUUUAAUUGGUUUUGUUUGGGGUUUUUUUUCCACCCCUGGAGCAUGUAUAAGAUCCUCCCUUUUCAUUUUUGCUACUUGUUCUGUGAGAACCACAAAUUGCUUCUCUGUUAAGCGAGAUUUUAAAAAGUUUCAUAUACUUGAGAGUCUUAUCUUUGGUUGUUGAGGAGGGAGGGCUGGAGCAUUGCAAGAUGCAGUUCUGAAGCCAAGGAGAGGGAUGUAAUCAGGCUUUCUUCGACAGAAAUUCAGAAGGGUAUACUGGGUCCAUGUAGCCCACGAUCUCUAACGCUGUCAGGAACAGAUCUGUGAGCUAAGGGAGUGAAACGUACAGUGGCGUGUGUGGGGAUGUAUAGACUCAGUGACUCAUUUUGGCACGUUGUUUUCACAGUAUAUGUCAUGAUAUCUAUCUAUUCCAGACUAAAAAAAACCAAAAAACAGAUAUUCAGGAUAUAUAAAUACUCAAAUUAUGUAAACAGAAAACAACCAAGGCAAGUUAAAAAUGAAAUCUUCCUAUGCCUGGCUUGAAAUGGUAGUCCAAAUUAGGUGUCUUGAUUGAUGUGAACUACGGGUAUUUGGUGAGUGCAGGAGGUAAGAUGCUAUGUACCUGUUUUACAAAGAUGAAUUUAGGAUUUAUGGGCAAUUUAGGCACCUGAUGCUAGACUAUAACUGUAGGAUUUGGGAGGGCGAGGUUUGGUUUCCUGCUUUAUCAGACGUUUCUCUGUAUAUUUUGAAAAAUCGUAUGCUUUUAUCACUGGCCUUUCUGUCUAUAAGGUGAAAAUAAAUCAAUUUUCUGAUU